AAGGCUGCAGUUGUGACCGGAAGUGUUCCACCGAUGCCGGCAAUUUGGACCAAAGACCGGAAAAAGAUCGUGAAACAAAUAACAGAACAAAAAAUGAUUCAUGAGUCAUUGACCUUAAACUGACCACCGCUAUUUUGGGGAGAAGUAACACACUGUUUUACAAAUUUAAAGCCGACGGAAGUUCCUAGCUAACGUUCGCUUUUUCGCUAUGUCAGCUCGUUAGCUACCGAAGCUAAAGGCGGUCAGAUGCCGUAAAGCGGAGCAGCCGGUCGCAGUUGCCCGAGGAGCCUUAAAGGUCAGUGCUUCCGGUUUACGACCCGACCUCUCUUCUGCCGUUUAAAGACACCUGUGAGCUCACAAACAGGAAGACAACUUUACAUUAAAGAAGGUGUGUCUCCAGGAUGCUCCAGGGGCCGUACGGCAGUCUGGACCGGGACCGCCCGCUCAUCCGGUUCCGGUUCACCAGCUUCGCUGUGGGGACGGUGCUGCUCCCGCUGACCGGCCUCAUCGUCUGCCUCUUCAUUUCACUCGUGUACCACUUUGAGGACGCCACGUUCACACACUGCCAUGUGUCGAACUACCUCCCGUCCAUCAGCGCCGCCAUCAGCCGCGUGCCGGAGCGCUACAUCUGGCGCUGCUGCAUCGGCCUGCACUCGGCGCCGCGCUACCUGGUGUCCGCCGCCUAUUUCCGCUUCUACCACGUCCGCUUCGCCCAGCGGCUGCCGGAGCUGCUGCUGAGCGGGCUGGCGCUUGUCUGCAGCCUCGCCGAGAACACCGGCCUGAUGCUGCUCACGUACGUGUCGUCCACCGAAACCUACAGUGUUCAUCAAAACAGUUUCAUCGUGUUCAUCGCGAGCUCAAUACUGCACAUGCUCAUUACAUGCAGACUGUGGCAGGUGAUCAGGAGACACUACGUGAACCCCGAGGAAAGGACGUCGUUCCGCUGGAAGGUGCGUCUCUUCCUGUUCAACAUCGGCUGUUGCCUGGCGGCGGCGUACUUCUUCAGACGCCACAACAAGUACUGUGAAACGGGAGUCUACACUCUGUUCGCCCUCUGUGAAUACCUGGUGGUCUUCUCCAACAUGGCCUUCCACAUGACGGCCUUCUUGGACUUCGGGAGCAAAGAGGUGGUCGUGGCCACGCCCCCUGAGGACAAGCGAUACUGAGCGGGCGACCUCGCCCGCGGGCAGGUGACCUCGCCCGCGGGCAGGUGAAGGGAGAACCCUGACACUUUAUUUGUUCCAACAUUUCAUCGUUCCAACGACACCUGAGCAUUUAAGAAGUGGACGUAGUCGUUUGUUUUGCAACCAGUGAACAGGAAGCGACCAUAUAUGGACCAAAUGAAACGCACCGUUACCUUAAAUUACAAUUAAAGAUAUUGCUGGAAAUAUAAGAAAGGUCUCGUCGUUUUAGACGUUUAAGAGUUGCUUAUUGUACCUUUUUUUUAAUUAUUUUUUUUUAAAGAAUAUCUUCCUCUGAUUUAUUUGGCACAAAUAAUGAAAGUUCAACCUUAUUCCUCGACAUGCAAAAUUAAUUUUUAUGUUUUUUGUUUUUUUUCAACUAAAACAAAUCCACAUUUUCCUCCAAAGGACUGAAGCUGAAUCAAAAUAAUCAAUUUUCAAAUUGAAAAUAAGCUUUGUAAGGCUACUGUUAGUUAUUAACGUUACACUUCCUGCAUGACUUUCAUAAUAAAUGCAUUUGACCUUGA